GCUCUUCGGAUUUUACUCCACGCGAUAUCUACAUCAGCAUCUCGAUACCAAAGAUAUAUCCAACCAUUGGUUUCUCUGAGCAUCGAUUUCUACGUUCGUGUAUUUCUACGCGUUUAUUCUUCUCCCAUUACUGUCAAGAAAGCUUGUUGCAAGACAUUACAAGUUUACACCUGUUCAGGAUGUAAAAGCUUUCAUACUCGCCCACUCGGCAGGAUGACUGAGAAGAACUCAUUUACCCCAAUGACUGGACCUCCAAUUAAUUCUUCGUGUGAAUUUUGCGAUGGGAAAUUUCAUAUCGGAGGUCCAAUGUGGGGUGCUAACUUACAUGACCAAGAGUUUGUUAAAAGAUUACUAGAAGACGUUCGGAAUGCGUCCACUGAUGAUUACAAGACACAUUCGAGGAUGCUAGGAAUGUUGACUUUGGUUUCCGAGGAAAUAGACUUUCCAUUUUACUAUACACCAUCAGGACUAUCGGGAAUCAUACGUUGCACUGUGCCACCAUUAAAAACUUUUUG